AUGAGAGAAUCAACAGUCGAGAUCGUUGACCUAGCGUCGCAGGCCUUGGCCCUGUACAACGAACCAGAAGUGCCCUCAUAUCUCCCAGCCCAGGAUCCUACUCCCCACUACGUGCAUGCGCACACACGCGCAUGGUCAGCCCUGGUCCGGCGGUACGAUGCCUUCGUGUUCGUGACGCCGCAGUACAACCGGAGCAUCCCCGCAGUGCUCAAGAACGCGCUCGACUACCUGUACCACGAGUGGGCGGGGAAGCCGGCGGGCAUCGUGUCGUAUGGUGGACACGGUGGUGGUAAGGCGUCUGAGCACCUGCGCGGCAUCCUGGCGGGGCUCCGCAUGCGCCCGACGGCGACGACCGUGGCGCUGAAGGUGAGUCCCAAGACGGCGAUUGAGGAAUGCGAGCGCGAGGGUCAGGUGACACCUGCGAUGUGCAAGACCUGGAUGGAGGAGGGAGAGGAGCAGAAAAUACAUAUCAUGGUUUCGGAGUUGCUGCAGCUGACUUAG